AUGUCCUCGGCACCAACUCUCAUCUUCGUCCAUGGGGCCUGGCACGGCCCAGCCUGUUGGAGCAAUGUGACCUCGCAACUGCAGCAACAAGGUUAUCGAUGUCUCGCCCCGCAGCUUGAGUUCUGUGGCACGCAAGAACCAGUACAAUCUCUGGCAGGAAGCAUUGGUCAGGUUCAAGAUCUAAUUGCGGCAGAGACUACACAAGGCAACAAUGUUGUUCUUGUCAAUCACUCAUUCGGAGGCUGCGUGGGAAGCAGCUCUGUGAAAGGCUUCACUCAAAAGGACCCCUCCAAGUUGGGUCCUGGCUCCGGGAAAGUUGUGGGAAUUGUCCAGAUUUGUGCCUUCACGCCUGCUUCCAAGACUGCACUAUAUGACAUUAUCAAUCUCGAUACUCCCUUCCACCAUUCCGGCCCUGAUGGAUGGGAGUUGAUCGAUAAUGGGGAACCCAUCGACCUCUUCUACAAUGAUAUCUCCCCCGAGGAUGCGCAGCAGUGGAAGGGUCGACUACUCAAGCAUUCAAGCGCUUCCUUCAAGGACCGGGAAAGUGUCUAUGCUGGCUGGGCUGAUGUCCCCGUAUGGUACCUUUUGUGUACUCGGGAUCAAGCUAUCCCUGUCCAAGUGCAGGAAAUGAUGGUCGCAGCAGCACGAGAUGCAGGGGCAGACUUCACUACCAAGUCCUUGGAUGCAUCACACAGUCCAUUCCUAAGCAAACCUAAUGAUACCGUUGGAUUUAUUCUAGAGGCCCUGGGAGAUUUCGACCAGAAAUCAUCCAGGUCUUGA